AGCUGCGCCAGGCGCACGUGCGUCAGAGGCCCUUGUUCUCCCGUCUCCCUCCCGGUGGGCAGUGGGAACAGCUAGGACCUCGGCGGGCUCCCCUGUGGCUUCGAGGGGACGUCGGAGCCAGGAGUCCCCGCCAGGAGUUAGACGACACCGGCGUGUGAGGGGCGAGGCGGAACACCAUGCAGGAUCCAAAUGAAGAUACCGAAUGGAAUGACAUUUUAAGAGAUUUUGGCAUUCUUCCUCCAAAAGAAGAGCCAAAAGAUGAAAUUGAAGAAAUGGUUUUACGUUUACAGAAAGAAGCAAUGGUUAAACCAUACGAAAAGAUGACUCUUGCACAGUUGAAGGAAGCUGAAGAUGAAUUUGAUGAUGAAGAUAUGAGAGCUAUUGAAAUAUAUAGAGAAAAGCGGUUACAGGAAUGGAAAGCUCUUAAGAAAAAACAAAAAUUUGGGGAAUUAAGAGAAAUUUCUGGAAAUCAGUAUGUGAAUGAAGUCACAAAUGCAGAAAAGGAUGUGUGGGUUAUAAUUCACCUAUACAGAUCAAGCAUCCCAAUGUGUUCGUUGGUUAACCAGCAUCUUAGUCUCCUAGCAAGAAAGUUUCCUGAAACUAAAUUUGUUAAAGCCAUUGUGAAUAGCUGUAUUCAACACUACCACGACAAUUGUUUACCAACAAUUUUUGUUUAUAAAAAUGGUCAGAUAGAAGGCAAAUUCAUUGGAAUUAUAGAAUGUGGAGGGAUAAAUCUCAAGCUAGAAGAACUUGAAUGGAAGCUAGCAGAAGUUGGAGCAAUACAGACUGAUUUGGAAGAAAACCCCAAAAGAGUCAUUGUAGAUGUGAUGGUAUCUUCAAUUAGAAACACUUCUAUUUAUGAUGACACUAAUAGCUCAAACAGUGAUAAUGAUGAUACCAAAUAGAAAUAUUUAAUAAAUAGCUUUAAAGUGUUUAUAUAUGGAAUAUUUUAUUUGCCACUGCCUUUAUAAUCAAAGAUCAGAAAAUUCAUAAAUAAAUUUCUUUU